AUUUCUAAUGAAAUCACCGGCAAGAGCUAGCAGGCUGUAGUGCUAACUGUAGCUUUUACAGCUAGCUAAAAGAUACGGACAUAUCUGCAUUUAGCGGUUUGAGUUUAACACUGACGUUUACUCAGAUUUCUGCGGAAUACAGAAAGGUUUUUAUUCUUGUGUAUCCCGUGGUGGUCGUGGAGCAGAAGAAAGAGGAAAGACUGGACAUCCAGCAAUCACUGACUCAGCCGUCCAUCUCACGAGGUGGGCUUGAAUACAGCAGCUUUAUGGGGAAGAGGAGGGUCCCAGAUCUGUACAGAGCCCCCUUUCCCUUGUACUCCAUUAAAGUGGACCCUAAAACAGGGCUAGUGAUCACAGCAGGAGGAGGAGGGGCCUCCAAGACAGGCAUAAAGAAUGCUGUGCACUUCCUGGAUCUACAGCUGGUUGGAGAACAACAGUACUGUGCCAGCCUCCUUCACUCUCAUGAUACUGACACACGUGCCACCAUGAACUUGGCUGUAGGUGAUGGUGUAAUCGCUGCAGGACAGGAUGGGACCUGUUGUCUGAUGAGGUUUCAACAGUGCACGCAGAAAGAAGGAGGCAAAGCUCCUGCUAAAGAUGUAGGGAACAGUGUGCAGCAGGGUAGUGCCAGGCGACGAGCUGGGAAAGGAGACAAAGGUGGACGGUAUGGAGCUGCAGCCUCUGGAGAUAUGUCAGAUUUGAAGGAUGAGACAACUCACAUCUCUGUGACUGGUUUGGCAGAAGUGCAGUCAGACCUGAACCCUCAGGACCCACUCCAGAAGGUGGUCAGGUUCAGUCCUGACCUGAGCCUUCUGCUGACAGGAGGCACAGACGGACACGUACGGGUCUGGGAGUUUCCAUCCCUGAAGAAGAAGUUUGACUUGAAAGCACAUGAAGGGGAAAUUGAAGACUUGGAUAUGAGUCCAGGGAACAAGCACCUGGUGACUGUUGGCCGGGACUUUGCCUGCAGUGUAUGGAGUGGCAACCAAUUGGCUAUGGGUCUUAAAUGGCAUGAAACCCUGCCUCAAAUGGCUGAGAAGACUUAUCGAUACAUGGCUUGCAGGUUUGGAAAGGUAGAGGACCACAAAGAAGCCCUGAGGCUUUACACAGUCCAGAUCCCCCAUAAAAGAGACAGAAGACCUCCUCCUUGCUACCUCACCAAGUGGGACGGCAAGAGCUUCCUGCCUAUGUUGACAGCUUCCUGUGGUACUGAGGUCAUCUCCAGUCUGGCUGUCAGUGACUCUGGAACAUUUCUUGGUGUUGGAACUGUAACAGGAUCAGUAUCUAUCUACAUCGCUUUCUCCCUGCAGAAGCUCUAUUAUGUACAGGAGUCCCAUGGUAUUGUUGUGACAGACCUGGCCUUCCUGCCUGACUUGCUGAAAGGCAAAAAUAUCAAAGGGAAUAAUGAAACAGCCAUGUUGAGUGUAGCUGUGGACAGCCGCUGUCAAGUACAUGCUCUCCCCAACAGAAGGUCCUUUCCUAUCUGGCUGGUGGUGUUCUUCUGUGGCCUCAUACUAGUGGGAGUCAUCAUCCUCCUACAGUACAUCUUUCCAGGAUUUAUUUAAAACAUGCAAGGGUUGAUGAAGCUUGGACACAAUUUCACAUACCUUAUUUUGCCACUGUCAACAUCAGCAGUCCUCAGUCCAACAUCCAGACAUCCCAGUGCUGUAUGACAACUACCAGCUGAGCCUGUGAAGGCUCUUGCAGCUGCAGUGCUGACUCUGAACAGCUUUUAUGACACCCUGACAUCGUCCCCCCUCAGCUCUUUCUCAGGGUUGUUCCUCUCAGACCUGUAAACCCAGUGGAGUCAAACCAGGGCAGACUGAGAUUUUAACUGUUUUGAUAUCUAUCAAUUAACCCUUAAUCUUUUUUGGAUUCAUGUUUGAGAGUUGAAGGACUUGGGUUCAUGAAUGUUUAAGGAUGGGGUCUUUUUAUUGACAUAUUUAAGGAACAAUGUAAAAAUGUAUAAAUGAUUGGCACAUAAUGUGUCUGAUUGUUUUGUCUUUACACACUUUGAAUUAGUCGUUCGCUUUAAAUAACUGCUUUGCUUGCUUUUUAUUUGUUUUUCCAAUUUAUCCACUAGUGGGCAGCAGAGACUAGACGUUCAAAGUCCUGAAGUAAAGGGCUGCCAGUGAAGAUUAAGUGUUCCACAUGCCAAAGUGCAUUGAAUUUUUGAACAUAUGGCUGCAUGAUUUAUUUUGAUUUACUGUGCCCAUAUUUAGGGUUGCCCAGUGUUAAGUAAACAUUUCUAAACAAAGUUGCUGCAUUCUCCACAAAUGGAAAAUCAUUUGAUAUCAUUACAACAAAGAGAUGUGGGUAAAUUUGGUAUAAGCAUACAAGAAGCAGAGAUUCUGUAAACUUAAUGAAAAUGUUAUUUUUACCACAAAGAAAGCUGGAUAUUUGCUUCUUUUAUGAAGACAUUGCCAUGUUUAAUUUAAUAUAAAAAUUCUGACUGCAAAUAUACUGCCCAGCAUAUGUUCAAAAAUGUGAACGGAUUUUUAAAAUGAUUCCUAUAUUAUUGUAACUAACUUUGUGAAAUGAUGGAAGAAAUAAAAUAUUAAUAAGAAAGGUAGUUUAAAAAAACAUUUGGCCUCCCUAUAUGCUUCUUGAGCUCUCUUAAUCUCUCUGGUGACCAGGGCACCCCUUCACAGCUAACGCGAUAUAUCCUUCCACUUUCCAUUAAAAGGCUUAACACAGUCAUGUUACAGAGGCACAAUGCAAUGACCUUA